AUGUCGCUCUCAUCCAUCCUUUCCGCUGAUGACAUCGACAGUGCUAUCAAGGACUGCCAAGCACCGGACUCCUUCUGCCCCAGGAAGUUUUUCCAGUUGUGUGGCCUCACCAAGAAGAGCCCCCAGGAGGUGAAGAAUGUUUUCGGGAUCCUGGACAAUGAUGGCAGUGGUUUUGUUGAGGAGGAAGAGCUCAAGUUUUUCCUCCAGAGGUUUUCCCCUGGGGCGCGCAUUCUGACAGACAAGGAGACGAAGGAGUUCCUGUGCGCUGCUGAUGACGAUAGUGACGGCCGGAUUGGAGCGGACGAGUUCCAGGCCAUGGUCUUGUCUUAA